AUGUUUCAACAACAACAACAACAACAAGGAUUCAAUCAACAAAACCUGUUUCAUACUUACAAUGGUCCAAUAGAUAAUAAUCCUAGAUUUUUUAAUCCAGAUGUACCACAAGAAAUAUGUCCAAAUAUAUGGCUUGGUCCAUAUUCAUCAUUAAUAAAUCAAACAUCACCAAAUUCAAGUUUUAUAUCAAAUAGUAAUGUUAAAGUUAUUAUAAAUUGUGGAUCAACAUUAAAUUUUUUAGAUCUUGUUGAAAAUUCACCAAAAGUUUCAAUAUCAUCAGAUAUUAUGAUAUUAAGUUUAGAUCCGUCUUUUACAAUUAUUGAAAAUAAUGAAUUAAUAAAUAAUUUUAUAUUAAAAUUUAAUAAAAUAUUACAAAAUUAUAUAAAUUCAUUUUAUAUAAAUUCAUCAAUUACAAAUUUAAUUCAUAAAUUACCAAAUUCAACUCAAUUUCAAAUAAAUUCACCAAUUUUAAAUGGAUCAAAUAUAAAAAUUCAAUUUUUUAAAAUUAUAAGAUUAAUUUCAAUAUUUAAAUUAAUUAAUCAAAGUUUACAAAUUUUAAUUGUAUCAGAAGAUGGAAAUUUAAAUUUAUCAACUGGUUUAAUAAUUGCUUAUUUAAUGGAUAACUACAAGUUUAAUUUUCAAAAUUCUUUUAAAUUUUUAAAAACAAAAAGACCAUCAAUAAAAGAAUUAAGAUUAAGUUAUUAUGAUGAUUUAUUAAUUAUUGAAAAUUUAAAAAAAUUUUAUUUAGAAAAUGUUGAUAUAAAACAAAAUUGUAGUUCACAAUUUAUUAAUAAAUGUAAACGAAAUUGUGAUGAUUUUGAAGAUGAUGAAUCUUAUUGUGGGAAUGGUGGUGGUGUUGGUGGUGAUGAUAUGAUGAGAGAUGAAAUUAUUGUUGGUGGAAGAGAAUUUAGGAAAAGAAAGUUUCAUUAA